AUGGUAAUACAAGAUCAAUUAUCACUUGACUCGAAUCACAAAAUCACGCACCUCCAAUUCGACAUGCCAUCUAAUCCACCACCACUCACAACCCCAACCCCACGUCGACAAUGGCACCUACACCGCUUAUCUGAAUCACAACCUCGACAACAAUACAUUGACCAAUUUGAAAACAACACGCGAGAGCUAACGCAUAUACUUACUAAUGCCAUCUCCGAUAGCCAAACUAACCCAUCAAUAGAAAGCCUAGCAACAUCCCUCAACCAAGCAAUAUACGAUGCUCUCGAUACAACUAUUGGUGCCAAGCCAUCUAGCACCCCCAAGUCUCGAACAAAAUGGUUUUGGACAGAGGAAAUUCAUAAAGCAAUGGCACACCGUGAACACUGCUACCGCAAAUGGCGCAAGGCCAAAGGCAUGAACAAGGUCACUUGGUGGAUCAAACAUCAAGAAGCAAGAGCAAAAGUGCGACUCACAGUCAACACACGACGAAGACAUACUUGGCAACAAUUCUGCAACAACGUGGCCAAUGGUGAAUUCACCAAAGCCUUAGCCAUUAUCAGCAAAAUUAAACGUAAUCGCACACUUUCUCCUACUUUUGCUGAUCCUGCAGGCCCAGAAGCAGCAGCAAAGCGAAUGGCCAACCAUCUACAAUCGGUCUAUAGUGGCAUGCAUAUGCAUACACAUACCCCAGAUUUAGAACACGUGCUACCACCAACCCAUGUUUCCAUUAACCACAAUGAUAGCCCCAAUAGCUUUGAUGAUAGCCCUUUCACCCAAGACCAGAUCGAACGAGCUAUCAAAAUACUGCCCACCAACAAAGCCCCAGGAGUGGAUCAUAUUAAGAGUGAAAUGCUCAAGCCCAUCACACACUCACUCACACCAAUCCUAUUGGCGCUCUUUACUUUAUGCUGGCGAAAUGCACAAGUCCCUAGCUAUUGGCGAAUCGCUCAAGUCGUACCAAUACACAAGAAAGGAUCUCCCGAUGACCCAGCAAACUUCCGCCCAAUAAGCCUAACAUCAGUAUUCAGGAAAUUAUUGGAAAGAUGCCUACUCCCAGAUCUCACUACUAUGGGCCCACCACUAGACAUCGUCCAAGGAGGAUUCCGCACACAACGAAGUGCACUUGACCAAGCCCGAUGCCUCCAUGAAAUCAAUCUCCUACACCGCAAGCAAAAUGGCUCACCACCUGUACUUGUCUUUCUUGACAUAAAAUCCGCCUACGAUACGGUAGACAGAAGAAUAAUCUGGCAAGCUCUUUCAUCUUUUAUUCCACCAACAUUCUUAGCACUACUCAAAAACAUGUUUGAUGAUGUCUUUAUAGAAGUGUUGAUCAGCAACCACACAUCGCAUCGUUUCCAACCAAGUACUGGUGUGCUACAAGGAUCUGUGCUUUCCCCUCUUUUAUAUUCACACUACAUCAAUUCCCUCCCCACACUAUUACGAGUAGCAGACAAUGGAAAUCCAUCAGCUGACCCUCCUGCCCAUGUCUCGAUUGACGGCCAAAAAAUCAACAGCUUACUAUAUGCCGAUGAUGUUGUCAUCCUUGGUACAUGGGAAUCGAUUCCGAAACUAUUAGCCACCUGUGAACAACACAGCACCACUCUCGGCUAUCGAUGGAACCCAUCAAAGUGUGUUGUACUAUCAGAAACAGAGCCACCACCGGAUCAAGCUGAGCUUCAACUAUAUGGCACACCUAUUCCACGUGAUGAAACCUUCUCAUACCUUGGUGUCCCCUUUAAGAAAAAUGGCACCAUUGACACAUCUCUACUGAUACAUACACGCACACAAGCAGCCUUGAGCUCCAUGCGUAUUCUACAUGCAAUUGGUUUACGCCCUAGUGGAUUUAGCCGGCUCUUAGCAUGUCGACUAUACCGCCAAUUCAUCAGACCAAAGAUGGAAUAUGGUCUUGCCAUACACACAAUACCAAGGAAGCUAUCUACAGUACUUGAACAAGCCCAAUCCAAUUGCCUCCGCAUGAUCUAUGGCGGUAGUGCAUCUGCAAGUACACAAGUCAUGUGCCACUUGGCAAAUCUACCACGCAUGGAGGAUCGUAUUACAAUACUACAAGCUAAAUUCCUAAUCAGAGCUCACAACCUACCUGAUGACAGCCUCCUGCACAACCUACAACCUAUCAUAAGGAAUCGUAAAACACGAACGGGCUCAUGGCGUAGUCUCCUUAGUACCAACACCAUAUGGAAAGACCUUUUGCCAAAACCAGCAGCGAAUACCGAUCGCAAGCAACUCAAGCAAACUCUUCGCCAAUUCCUAACACAAAGACUCUCAGUGUACCGAUCACGACGAAGAUCCAUAUUGCUUACAGCAUGUCGUCCAAACUUGGGAGUUGAUCCUAUUAUGUGGAUACCCAUGUCAAAAAUGGAACGUAGCCGAUGCGUGAGAUGGAGACUUGGCUGGUUACCAGGAGGUAAACCCACUGGAUGCCCAUACUGCAACACCAACAACAGAACAACCAGAGCACACCUUACCCAAUGCCUACAAGUGCACCAACAAUUGGCAGUGCCAUCCAACAUCAAAGAUCCCAUAUCAUGGCUACUCAAUCAACUCCCGACAUCAAAGCCCAAAUCAUCGGAGAGAUGCCAAUACUGGAUAAAACAAUGGCCACUACUUUGUACGCUAUUACAACAAAUGGACAACAUACAACACAAUACCAUCCAACAACACGACAACACACAACAAUCACACGGCCAAUCCCUCAUCCAAUGGCUCGAAAAGGAUACAUCAACAGGAGAUCAUCAUGGAUCCCAAACAUCUGCUACCUCGUAG